GUGCAACCAGAGUCUCUAGUAAGCCCGUGUAAAAAAUCUUCCUCGGACUUCCACGGGCCACGGCCAGCAAAAUAUCCACAAAUCGCCUGUAUUAAUUCAAAACCCUCGAUCAUUUUUUCCGAGCUACGGAGUUAUCGACGGCGAUCGUGAAAUCAAUAGGGCCGAUCCCACCGUUGAUCACCCAUCAGAACUGUCUUAUCUGAAGGCUUGAAGACGAAAUGCUUCCCCAUUUAUUGAGCUAACCAAGACCAGUUCCUUCAAACUGAUAACUAUAAUUAAUUUCUAUAGCGACUGCAGCGGCGGCGGCGGCGGCGAUAGGCGGUGAUUUCCUGUUGGUAGUUUGGAAAUAGUUAGAAAUUAAAACAAAUUGCUAAGAUGCUGGAAAAUCCUGCCAUUGAUUCGUCAGCCGCCGCCAACGUCGCCCCCGUCAAACGCUAUGCUCCUCCCAACCAGCGGAACCGUGCACUGGGAAGGCGUAAAUCUGGAGGAGAUCGACUGGAAAGAGCAAAUAGUUAUCCGAAUGAUGGGGAGAAGACUCAAAUUAGUGUACCCAAGAAUGUUCCCCUUAUCAAUCAUGGGGAUGCAGGAAGCAGCAAACGUGUCAAUGAAAAUUCUCUUGUGGGUUUGAUUCCAAUACAUGGAUGUUGUAACAGUGAAGCAUUUCAGCUAUUGAAUGAUCGUUGGGCAGCUGCAAUGAAUGCACUCAAUAGUUUACCAGAGGAUUCAUCCGAAAGGCCAGUGUUGUAUUCAAGAAGUGGAUCACCUUGGGGACAACCUAUGCUUCCACAUAUGUUAAUGCCGUCCGCAGAUUCUUCUGGUCUAAAGAAGGAUUUCUUGAGUGAACUCCGCUAUGCGAUGCGCAAUGCAAAUGCUGUUUCUGAUGCCUGACAGAUGCGAAGCAGUAAAUGACCAAAGAAAAAUUUGGAAUGGGUGGGAUUGUAUCAUUAGAGAAUUGUUGUAUGUUUUCAUGAAUCAGAUGUGCUACCUGUUCAUGUAAUUUAUUCGAUGAGGAUUAGGUUAUUUUCCUGUCAUGUACUCUCCAUGUACAUUGAUGCCUCGUGAUUCUUGCACUGGGGGGAUGCCCGGCUUGCCUGAAUUUUACACCUUUCUUGACAUACACGAGUGGAGUCACAAAAUAAUGACUUGGGACUGUUUAGUCCAUGUUUGGGUUGCCAUUUUUGUGGAAAGUUUGUCCGGGUUUCCUUUUUA